CCACCAAUACCUUCAAAGAAAACGUCAUCGGAUAAAACCAGACCAUCUUUUGAAUUGUCAAUGUCAAGAUCUCCAUCAAGAGAGUCGAGAUCCUUAACACCCUGCUAGUCGUGUGCUAGUUCCUUGAGCUUCAGCAGAGAAAGUUCUGUUAAUAGGUCUGAUAGGUCAAGAAGUAGAAGUCCGGUAAGGUCUUCACAUUGAUCAAGAAGAUCCUCAAAGUCGGAGAUGUCAAGGUCAAGAAGUUCAAUAAGGACAUCAAAUGUAUCAAGAAUUUCAAGAUCAAGAACCCCUAAAAGGUCAUUGAACAGGUCAAGGUCAAUGAGUCCUGAGAGGUCACGAAUAUCAAGGUCAAAAUCUUAUAAUAGGUCUAGAAGCUGUGAAAGGUCAGUAAGUAGAUCUAGAUACUACAAGUCUACAUGUUAUGAGAGGUCAAUUGCAAGAUCAAGAGACAUUGAAAGGUCAAGAAACAGAAACCAAAAAGAAACCAGCCUACCAACGCUCCAACGAGCUUCUCAAAGAAAAGUACAGCAUUCAACAGACAUAUUUCCUAUGACGGAAGAAAGAUUUCAAAUAAGGGUCCUCUACCUUUUAGUGGAGAUAAGAGACACAUUAAAUUAUAGCAGAACAGCAAUAUCUUCCACUGAGGUGGAAGACAUUGAACUGGAUAUCAUAAAUUCGGACGAAGCAUUUACAUGUAAUAACUUGGAAGACAAACUUUACAUGUCUGAAGAGAAUCAAGUAACUACUGAAAGGUACCAAAUGAAGAAGUCAAUGCUGAGAACCAUAACAUACUCAUACAUGGCAGGAAUGAACAUGAAGGGCAAAUGGGGACAAAGGGCAUUUGCUUCCUCACUACUAUACCAGCUUAUCAAAGAUGCCGUAUUAUCCUCCCAUAAGGAGUAUACAGAGUCAAAAUUUAAUGAGGACCUGGGAAAAUUCCUGAAGUAUGCUCCACAGCGAUUAGGAGGGGGGAGGAAGAAGAAGGACUGAAUAAUUGUUAGCUCUCCUUAGCUAAAAAGUGAGCUUUUUUAAUCACAUUUUGUUCGACGUCCAUCUGUCUAGCUGUCUGUAAACUACUAGUAUUCACAUUUUUGACU